GGCGGGGCGGGAGGGCGGUAACGGCGGCGGCAGCAGCUGAGUCUCACAGUCCGCUUUGCUUCCCUCACACAUCACCAUUCUCCCCCCGCCGCCAUGUGCGACCCCAGCAAGCAGGACAUUGCCGCCAUCUUCAAGCGGCUCCGCUCCGUCCCCACCAACAAGGUAUGUUUUGACUGUGGAGCUAAGAACCCCAGCUGGGCAAGCAUAACAUACGGAGUUUUUCUCUGUAUUGAUUGUUCAGGGACCCAUCGAUCGCUUGGUGUUCACUUGAGUUUCAUUCGAUCUACAGAACUGGAUUCAAAUUGGUCUUGGUUUCAGCUGAGAUGCAUGCAAGUUGGAGGAAAUGCAAAUGCUUCAGCUUUUUUCCAUCAACAUGGUUGCACAACAAAUGAUGCCAAUGCAAAGUAUAACAGUCGUGGUGCCCAGCUUUAUAAGGAGAAGAUUAAAUCUCUCGCAACACAGGCAACAAGAAAGUAUGGUACUGAUCUGUGGACAGAUGGAUGUGGAAUGCCACCUGUAUCACCUCAAAAGAAAGAGGAAGACUUUUUUGCAUCCCAUGUUUCUCCCAAGGCACAGAACACAGAGUGGGUGUUAUCAAAGCCAGCAGAACCAGUUCCUCUACAGCAGAAAACUUUAGAAAAUAUUCCAGAGUGCUUUGAAGGACCAGAGCGUGGACCAAGUGUUGAUUGUCUUAGUACAUCACCAAAAGCUGCAUUAGAGAAUACCACCUUCAUAAAAAAGAAGCCAAAUCAAGCUAAGAAGGGGCUUGGUGCCAAAAAAGGUGGUUUGGGGGCACAGAAAGUGAGCAGCCAAAACUUUAAUGAGAUUGAAAAACAAGCACAAGCAGUAGAUAAAAUGAAGGAACAAGACAAUCUUCAUAGCAGUAAGAAAACUGAAAAGGAAGAGCCACUUGUAUCAUCUUUACGGUUGGCCUACAGAGAUCUUGAUAUUAAAUCAAAAGAAGAAAAGUUAAAUCUAUCUGGUAAGAAGAAAGAUGAGCUGGAGAGACUUGGCAUGGGAUUUGGCAGCAACAGAAGUGGCAUUUCUCACUCAGUCAUCUCAGAUAUGCAAACAAUAGAGCAGGAAACACCUGCAAUUGCAAAGCCAAAGAAAAAGUACACUGAUGAUGUAGAAGACUCAUAUUUCUCUUCUAGCUCAAGAUACUAUGAUUCUUCAGAUUUGAGGAGCAACACUUUCUCUAAAUGGGAUGACAAUUCAGAUGCUUUUUGGAAGAAAGAAGAUAGAAGUAGAGAUGUUGAUCUACUGUUAACUUCAAAAAGUACAGCAUUUUCAGACAGGCCUGCAUCUCGUCGUAAACCUGAGUAUGAACCUCCUUUAAACACAGAUGAAGCACUUAAAAAAUUUGGCAAUGUAAAAGCAAUUUCAUCAGACAUGUAUUUUGGAAGGCAAGAUCAUGCUGAUUAUGAAGCAAGGGCUCGACUAGAAAGACUUUCUGGAAGCUCAUCUAUAAGUUCAGCUGACUUGUUUGAAGAUCAGAAAAGACAGCCAACAGGAAGCUACAAUAUUACAAAUGUCUUGCCUUCAGCUCCUGAUAUAGCUCAGUUUAAACAAGGAGUGAAAUCAGUGGCUGGUAAACUUUCUGUACUUGCUAAUGGGGUCAUGACAUCUAUACAGGAUCGUUAUAGUUCGUAACAUCUUUUGUAUCAACAUGAUUAAGUACAUUAAAGAAGGAUUUAUCUUCAGAUACAUGAGUAAUCACACUGAUGAUUCAAAUGAAGGUUGCCUUAAGACUGUUGAUGGUUUUACUUGUUCCUGCAGAUUCGUUCCCUUGUGUGGCUUUCUGGCUCAGCAUCCUCUUAUUGCUGUUUCAUCUUUACAGAGCAGAAAUCCUGUAGCAACUUGUUACAUCACAUAUGCUUCCCCCUCCCACUUUACAGUCUUGUGUUUCUUAGUGACCAUAAUGUUAGCUGUUUGAAGCUUUAUUUUAUUACUGAUUUUGUCUGUGAGGCAGGAAAGAGAAAGAAGUAUGAAUGCAUAUCCUAGAAAGAGGUUUCCUAAUAGAAACCUCAGUGCAGAGUCAUCCUUACUUGCCAGAUAUAUUUUGUCUUGACUGUCUUAUGAACUGUGGAAAAGAAAAUGUAAAUUAAACAUAUGCUGAGAUAGUAUUUAGUGGACUGCAGCAAAAGAAUUAAUUUUAACCUGCCCUUAUCAGAAAGUAGAAGCUCUUGCAGUCAUAAAUUGAUGUGCAUUAAAAUGAUGGGGAAUUAGUGUUUUAAAACAGUAUUCCUGUUAGAAAAUUAUAUGCUUAUAUGUGAGGUAUGGAGAAUUCAAGAUGUGGUAUACUGAAUAGUGGAUUUCAUCUUGUCAUGGGAACAAUCUAUUUAUUUCUAGUUUUGAAAGUUAUAAAAAUUGCAAUAUAGAAUCCU